AUGGGUGGCGCAGUCGAGGCGCGCCCUGACGACGUCGAUGACCGAGAUGAUGCCUGCAGCCCCAUUGUGCGGGCGUUCGGCCCAGACUGGCGGUGGAAGUUCAUGCUCAUCAUCGUUAGUGCGCUGGUCGCCGUGCUUCUGCUCAUCUGGCUCGCCAAGCGCGGGGUGAUGACGUGGUGGUGUCGCCGCCGGAGAGUGCCGCCGCAGCCGCAGCCCUCGAUGCCGAUGUGCACGGUGUGCCAGGAUGACGUCGAGAAGGGUGAGGACGCGGUCGCGCUGCCCUGCGGGCACUCGUACCACCGGCGCUGCAUCACGCAGGCCGUGGACCACGACCCCCGGUGCCCAGUUUGCAGGGCGCCUGUUUCGCCUGCGGACACAGCAGUCUGA